AUGGGAAGCCGCCUUUCGCACACAUAUCGCGCGACCCCACCAGUAGGCACCUGGGAGUGUGAUCUACGCACUUUUCCUAACCGAGACCAAGCUGGAUCGCCGGGUACUCGAGAGGCCUGCGGGGGGGACGGACUGGAGGGAACCAAACCAGACGAGCUGAGAGCUAUGCGACAAGGUAUCUCUCCAACCCUUCCCCCCGGUGUCGCAAGAGCCACAGCCAAACCUGAGUCCAAGCUCCCAGUAUCCCGGUCGCUCUAG